AUGAAGGAAAACACAGGAAACCCUCUGCAAUUGAAGUCAUUGAAUCACAUAUCGAUUGUGUGUAGAUCAGUUGAGAAAUCUCUUGAUUUCUACCAAAACGUUCUUGGGUUCUUCCCUAUUAGGAGGCCUGGUUCUUUUGAUUUCGAUGGAGCUUGGUUGUUCAGUUAUGGGGUUGGAAUACAUCUUUUGCAAUCUGAAGACCCUGCAAACAUGCCCAAGAUUAGCACCAUUAAUCCAAAAGACAAUCACAUUUCUUUCCAAUGUGAGAGCAUGGCAACUGUGGAAAAUAAGCUGAAGGAGAUGGAGAUAGAGUCCGUAAGGAGUAGAGUGGAGGAAGGUGGAAUUUACGUCGAUCAGCUCUUCUUCCACGACCCCGACGGCUUGAUGAUCGAAAUUUGCAACUGUGACAACAUACCGGUGGUGCCGCUCGCGGAAGACGCCGUCCGAUCCUGCUCACGAUUCAGUUGCGGUGUGCGACAGAAACAGAUUCAGCCGGUGGUGUAG